AUGUACAUUUCAGGCGGCAGCUUGGUUGACUUGAUGGUCGAUGCUCUUCCGAAAGCUAAUCUGCCAUACGACCGUGUUCGAAUGUUCCUCUGCGAUGAACGAGUGGUUCCAUACAGUGACGAACUUUCGAAUUGUGGCCAAUAUUUUCGAAAAGUGAUUCCGAAGGUUGAAGGUCUCACGGUGCAACAUUUUGCUACCAUCGACCCUUCCCUGCCUAUUGAAAGUUGCGCUGCAGCGUAUGAGAAGACUCUUGUUGACACUUUUGGAGGUAGUGAUCGAAAUCCAAUGUCACUAAAAUUCAACUUGCUGCUGUUGGGCAUCGGUUGUGAUGGUCAUACGUGUUCGCUAUUUCCCCGUUCUGAGGCUCUCAGGGUAUGAAG